AUGUUACUUUCAGCGACGGCUAAGUUUCUAAAGGCAAAGUUUUCGAAGGAACAUAGCGAGCUGGCGAGCGACGAAUCACAAGCGAAGCCAACGGAUGCGACCGGACAAUCGCAGACUUUCGUACAGACACUGAAUUCGAGUGAGGAUCUGUACGCCGAACUGCGGAAUUUAAAUUUCAAUGCCGUUGCCACCGUUCUUCGCGAGAAGGUUAAGAAUGUCUCUGAACAAAUUGAGGAGAAGAAUCGUGCAACGACCAUCAUGGAAUAUAAGGAAUUCGUUAAGAAGUUACCGGCUCUGCAAGUUUUGCGCAGCUCCGUGUCUGUGCAUACAACCGUCGCUGAAAUGGUCAAGGAAUUUACAAGAAGUAUUCAUUUUCUGGACACCCUGAAAUGCGAGCAAGGUACGCUUUGUGCAUGUCUGGUGUAA